AAAGGGAUUUUCCUGGACCACUAAACCCAAAAACGACAGGCUCCGAGUCGCAAUGGCGCCACAACACCAGCCUUCGCCCUCCGCCGCUACUGCUCCGUCCGCGCCGCCCUUGCCCUCCACGUCUGCAAACCCGCCGUCAGCACACCGGGACGAUGUGAGUGUGGAAGGCGGCGGCGGGUGCGGCUCCCCCGGCGCAUGCGCAGGAGACCAGGCCUUCUCGUCCAAGUGCGCCAUGAGACACAUCCUGGUCCUGAUGGGCUUCUUGGGGAUCGUCAACAUCUACAUGCUUCAGCUGAACCUCCUGGUGGCGCUGCCGGUCAUGGUCAACCACACGGCGCUCGACGGGCAGGACUACGGCUCGAGCAUGGGCUACCAGCCGGUGCUGAAAGAGGUGUCCAUGGGGUCGCGGGGGAGUGAGCCCAACAACGGCUCAGCCUCCGACGCCAGCGCGAGGCCCCCCGGCCGGAACGUCAUCGGCCACGGUGACGUCCUGAGAACCGGGAAAGUCGCCGGCAUCUACCACACGGUCAAGAGCGACGACGUGCCUCCGGAAAUAAGGUACGGCGAGGCUGCCAUUGAUGACCUGUUGGAUCAGAUGAACAAGACGGCAGCAUCCGCCUCCCUAGCCGUUGGGGGGGAUGAGAUGAUCACCGUCAUCCCUCUUGACACGAACACGCUCAACCCCUCUGGUGAGCUCUUCGCCGAAACCACAAUGCUCGCUGAUGAUUCUGUACAUGCCAUUACAGAUGUUAUGCCAAGCGACUUCGCUUCAACAGUUCCUUCUGUGACUCCAAAUGAGAAGAAAGAACCUCGUAUGAGGAAGUUUGACGAUCUCGAAGAGGAUGUUACCAAGAGCGCGAGUGAUGUCGUCACGACAAUAGAAGAUGAUGUUUUGCCUUCGCUAAAAGAUCUUCCUUCGACUUCUCCUGAUGGCUUUACCCUGAGGCCUCUCAGUGACGUAAUAACUCCGCCUGCACUAGUAAGCACUCAAGGAACAACCCAAUCACGCUUGGAGGAAACCACAAGCAUUUCCCCUGAAGAAAUGGCUGUUACCACCCUAAGUACAUCAGCAACAUCAAACCCUCAGAUUGAAGUUGCUACCUUGGAAGGCGUCACACCCACGGCCCUCCCCCGACAUAGCACUCCCUUGUCAAAUACCGAAGCAAAGACAACUUCAUCAACUCAAAGUUCUACAACUCCAGUCAUCAAAUCUACAACCCCAAUCUCCAAAUCUACAACUCCAGCCACUACUGGUUCUACCAGUGGCAUCCAAAGCUCUUUUGUUCCAACCAGUGCUGCUACCGUAGCUACUUCCCUACUCGAUACAACUUCAGCAGUAAGCACUCAGUCUACGACCCCACAAUCCAUCAAUGUUCCAGUUCCAGUUCCUCUCAGUGCUAUUUCAACCGAUUCACCCACAGAAAACACCCCAACAACCUCCUCUCAGUUUACAACAACACACAUAGAUGCGAAAACUUCAACUGUACUUUCAGAGACGCCCCAGACCACUACGACAGAGCAGAGUGAUACAACAGCACCAUUCAGCAUUCCUCCUCAAACUACUCUAAGUCAAACCGAUACUACAACUCCAUCUGGAAUUUCUUUAGAUGCACCCAAGAACCCUUCCACAGCUCAGAGCCACAUCGAGAUGCCAUCAGGUAUUCCUUCUCCAGGAACGACAACCCAGAGAGCAACAACAGCCUCAUCCAGUGCUCCUUCCCAGUCUACUGCUCCAGGCGAGGCUACAACAUCACUUCAUUUGGAAUCCGAGAAGACGACUACGACUCAAGCGAGUACUCAGAGCAACACUCCACCGCAGACUAGUUCGGGAACGACCCCCACCACACUAAGCAACCCAGUCACGCCCCAGUUAUCUUCAUCUACUUCGGCCACGACCUUUGGUGACGCACCCAGCUCCUCUCCGUCACCGGAAAAGGCGAAGGAAAUAAACAAGAGAUCUGUCGACGACAAGCACCUCCUCUCCGAAAACAACAGCAACGAAAACCCUUGCGCCGACACCGAGCACUGCCAGCCGGGCAAAGUGCGCGAUGAGUCCACGAAGAAGAAGGCGCCCGAAGAUACGCCGGCGACGCAGGCAGAGGCGGUGACGCGGAUUCAGGAAGAACUUCUGACUCAAGAGGAACCCGUGACUCACAAAGAACCUCUGGAGGGGGUGCAGAACGUCACGACAGAAGCGGGCGACGGCAACUUUACCCUCGCCGACGUCAACAUCUCCCUAGGCGACAACUUUUCCCUUGCUGAUGGCAACUUAACUCUUGUCGACAGUAAUUUCACCCUUUCCGGUGACAACCCCAUCGUCGCCGAUGGCAACUUCACUUUCGCCGAUGGCAACUCCACCUUCGCUGAUGGCAACUUCACCUUCGCCGACGGCAACUCCACCCUCCCCGACGGCUUCCACUUUGGCCCUGGCAGCCUCUUGAACCUGACCUCGCUCGAAGACGACAUCAGCUACGAGUGGAUGCUCUCCGAGGAAUUGGACGGCGGCAGCAACCGAACACAUACGAACUUCACCGACAGCAGUUCUUCGUCCUCCAGCUCCUCGUCCUCCAGCUCCUCGUCCUCGAGCGAGUCCCUGGAGAGUCUCGAGGGAGGAUCGUCGUCGUCGAGCGAGGAGGACAGCGACGAGAGCGACGAGGACUCGAGUAACGAGGGGAGAGAGUACUUCUCCGGGGAGGUGUUCGACGCGGCCCUCAACGGCACUGGCACCUGGAUGACGGACGCGGACGGCCGCUGGUACAGACUCCGCCACCGCAACGAGUCCGAGGAGAGCGACGAGGACGAGUCCCUCGAGGAGGACGAUGACGAUGAUGAGGACGACGACGACGAUGAAGAUGAGGACGACGACGACGAUGAAGAUGAAGAGGAUGAGGAUGAGGACGAAGAUGAAGAAGAUGGGGAGGAGGAAGAGGAAGAUGAAGGGGAAGAAGAUGAGGAGGAGACGGACAAAGAGAACUCGAACGGGGAGAUCAUGCUGGCCGGCCAGAGGUUCCCGUCGACGGUGUGCUUCGAAGCUAGGAUGGUGGAUCGAACCAGCUUGGCUGAGACCGCUUUUCAGGAGCACAAGGACGGCGAGUUCGUGUGGGAGGCCGAACUGCAGGCGCGGAUCCGAGCUGGCUUCUCGUGGGGCUUCCUCCUGACGCAGCUGGUGGGCGGGAGGCUGGCCGGCAUGAUCGGGGGCAAACUCCUGUUCCUCAUGGGCGCUUCCAUGGCCGCGGUGCUCACCAUCCUCACGCCCACGGCCGCCCUCAUCGGCCCGUAUUGGCUCCUCGCUGCUCGAAUCAUGGUCGGCGCGGCGCAGGGCGUGUGUGUCCCGGCCAUGCAAGCAGUUUUAGCUCAAUGGGCGCCGCCGAUGGACCGCACUGUCAUGGUUGCCUACACGUAUUCUGGCUUGGCCGUCGGCGCUGCGCUCGGAGGCCCAGUGUCGGAGUGGAUGGUCACCGUGAUCGGGUGGCGGGCGCUGUUCUACCUGCAGGGCGCCGUGGCUCUCGUGUGGUGCGUCCUGUGGCAGUUCCUGGUGGCGGAGAACCCAGCGAAGCACCCGCGCAUCACCACGCAGGAGAGAACAUACAUCACAUCGAGUAUUGGAGCACAGCACGCCUGGAGGGGACUGCCGGUGCCAUGGCCUCAUAUAUUCAGAUCUCGUUACGUCUUCGCUGUCGUCUUAGCUGAGUUAGGCUUCUCAUGGGCGUGGUUCACCCUCCUUCACCACGCCCGCGAGUAUGCAGUGACCGUGUUGCAUGUUCCCGAUCACCAGGCACGUGUAGCUUGGGGCACGGCUCUCUUCGCCAUGUGGAUCAUCGCCAUCGUGUACGCCACCUUAUCGGACUGGGUGAGGCGCACGAAUCGGCGGUCCACGGUGGUCGUGCGUCGGGCAGCGAAUACACUCUGUGCUCUGGUGACAGCCGGAUGUCUCGUGGCCGUAGCGCAGUCUAGCUGUUCCCAGGUCGCUGUGCUAGUCUGGUGUUCUAUGGCCCUGGCCCUGGGCUUGUCGGCUUCCUUCUCCACCUUCCUGGCCAAUGGCAUCGAACUGGCACCCAACCACGCAGCCGCAAUCGCCGGCGUCAGUGGCACUGUUGGCGCAGCUGUGCAGGUGCUCUCGCCUCUAUAUGUGGCUUAUCUCACGGAUGGACAGGCCACCCUCGAGCGAUGGCGGAUGGUAUGGUACACGGCGGCCGUCGUGCUCGCGCUCACCAACUGCCUCAACUUCCUGAUGGUGUCAUCGAAGGAGCAGGUAUGGAACCGCCCCGUGGCCGUGCCCGUGUACCCGAAGCGCCAGUCAUCGUACCUGGCCACGCGACGCACGAGGCUGUCGCCGCCGCCCCGCCCCGGCCCGUCGGCGGUGCGCGGGAACAAGAACCCAGCCUACGUGUUCACCGAGGAGUUGUAGGGGCGGCGCUGAAGGAGGGAGGGGUGGCCGCCCCUCCGCUUGUGGCUCUACCUCACGUGCGUCCUCCUGAGUGGAACAAAGACUUUCGUAGAAGGAUUAUCGCUCCUGGAAAGACAUUCGAGAGAUGCAACCGCCGUCUUCUUGCACGAAGGAAAGAGGCUUCCGUUUUCUUCUCGACGGGAAGAGCGACAAAGGUUUUUGUGCCAUGAAAUGAAACUCAUCUUUUGAACUAUUGUUGUUCCCUGACUUAUUAUACUCGAUAGAGAGACUUCAUAUACCACUGACAAUUUGUCUAAUACUGCAUCGUAAAUCUCUUUACACUUUAGUCAAGUUAAAGACAAGUUAAAGUUUUUAGUCCUUAAGCUAUUACUUUUAUGAAUACGAACACAGAAAGAAUUU